AUGCUCACUCUCGCCCUCUCAACCCUCCUCGCCACAGCCACCGCCACCCCGGUCGACCUCUACGCGCGCGCCGCGGUCUUCCGCAUCACAUGGCGGCACGGCCCCCCCAGCCGAGAGGUGCUAGUUUGCGCCAACAAUCCUUACGUUCCGAUCCACAACGGUGCGCAGAUCCGACUGUUCGAGGGCAGCGGCUACUGCCAUGGCCGGUGGUACAUCGAGAACGGCGCGAUCCGCAACACUAACACUAUUCGGGGCGCGUGCCCGCGUCUUUGCCUCGAUGUCACGGACGGCGACAUGGACAAGAGUCUCCAGCUGUGGCAGUGCUACAGUGGUAACAGGAACCAGCAAUUUGACAUGUACGUCGAGGAAGAGUAG